AUGUCCGGACGGCCCGUGCCCUAUGCCCCACACGGCCCGGCCGCCAUCAAGGCCGUACUGGCGGUCCGGUUGACACGGUGCCCGGAAGAGUGGAACGUGGAGGCCGUGGAGACACUUUGCUCCACGGCCAAGCACUCCUCUUUCCGGGCCACAGUGGAAGCCGGGUCGGCCAAAUCGCGCGUAGGCUCAAUCCAGAAGGCGUUCCGCAAGCAAUUUAAAGAGCGCUUCACAGCCGAGCUACAGACGGGAGCUCGAUGUCGCCGUGGAGACGGAUACUACUCUCAUGCUCUUGUCUGGCUAAGGAAGCCGCAGUCUCACAGCUUCCCCGAGUGUUGCAUGAGAAUUACAUCAAACCUCGCCCACCUGACGCGUGCGGUCAGCAGUCUCCUGGAACCUCCACCCGGCCCACCAGGCCCGAGCUUACUUGGACCUUCCAUGAUCUUAACCCAUGGGCAAGUUUCACUUUGCAUCCCGUGGAUAUAUUAUUGACCUUCUCAAGAAUAACAGCAAGAUGGAAUGGACAGAGUAGUGGCAGAGUGCGUGCGCCGCCUUCACCCCCACUCCGCAGAUUUUGACCUCUACCACCGCUCAGCAGAGCCGCCCUACGCUCUGUUGUUUCUCCCGUUCUGUCGCCGACUCCCGGUCUAGGCUUUUCCCGAAGUACACUAUUGGAGAAGUCCAAACAAAAGCCAGGGAGCCUCCGAGGCUUAUUGGCUUUAAAUCUUACAAAGAGGAAUCCCUUUCAUUUUCUUGCUUUGUGGACUCGGAGCCGUGGUUUGAGGAGAAGGAGAAGGGGACUACUUGUUCCGUAGGCUGUUUAUUGUGUAGCUGACAUUAAAUGGCCUGCAUACACCACACUUCCAC